AUGGCUUGCCAAAAGUACCGGCUGCCGCCUUCGGAGCAGGAGAUCUUGAAGAAUGAUGCAUUCUUCUGCCGAUUGAAGACAAUGCCUUAUACAGGGCUCCAGGUGUUGGAUGUUUCGAACGGGAAGAUCCCCAGGUUUUCGGAAAAUCAGGGUCAAUCCAAGCUUUCCCAUCAAUUCAUCCCACCAGUGUGUGUGGAGAGACUCAAAGAAGUUUGCUUGCUCGAGCCCGUCUGGAGCUGCAGCAACGAAGAUGAUGAAAAUCUUCGGCAUGAACUUCUAGACUGGACUGUGCAAAUCCCGGAGAAGCUCCUCAAUGGGGAGGUUUUCGUCAAGUUCUUAGAUGGGAACUCGGCUGCCUUCGCAAUAUCCCAUCCCUCCAUCGUCCAGCAUCUGUAUGCAAACUGUGGAUCAGAUUUCCUCCAUCCCAACUUCCAGAUGUGGAGCCAUCAUCCUCCUCGCACCCUCGUGAGGCCGGUGCAUGGCUCCGUCUACUUCAUCUCCACCGCCGAGUCAGAUCUGAGUCCCAGCAUGUGCAAAGGAGGAAGCCUUUUCAAAUGGAAGCAGUCGGGAGCAGCCCAGUACCUCAAAGUAAGCUUGCCUUUCUCUCCCUUUACUGGAAACCUGUCGGAUCAUCCUCCGAUGCUGCACUACAUCCCCUACGAGUGCACUCAGCCCGUCAUGAACAGUGAAGGAGCUGGUCAGCAGGAAGCGGAGAAGUGCUUCCUGAUGCGCGUUUACACGCUCCACUCCUUCUCCUGCCCCUGCAAGUACUGCAUUACUGCCAAGACCGGCAGCAAGGUGGAAGGGACCAAUCGAAGUAAUGCCAAGGAAAGGAUGUACGAUGAGAUCUAUGGCAAGGUCGCGCUCGUCCAGAUCCUCGACUACGAGUGGUCUAAGGGACAGAAUCCAUCGCAGACGUCGGGCAGCAGCCUGCCUCCAACUCCCCGCCUGACGGACAGGGCAAGCAUGCUAUCUCCUCUCUCCCCUGACUUGAUCAUCCACGCCAAGAGAAAUUUGAGCGAGCAAAUCCUUUGCCAGGAAGCAGGGAAAAAGACUCCUAAGGGGAAGGAGAACAUGAAUCCACACUCAUCCUCAAACAUUUCAGAGCUCAAGUCAUCUAUGGGAAAGCGUUUCGGGGCAGAGGUCACCCUGCUCAAAGCUUUCACCCUGCUCAAAGCUUUCACCUGA